AUGGCCGCUGGUUCCUACUUCCUGGGCAACCCCUUGCUGUGCCUCGAGGAGGCUGUCAUCGACGGUUGUGCGGGCCCCGACUGGCUGCGGAAGCUGCCGCAGAGCGGGGUCUUCGAGGUCGAGAACGUUGAGACCGCCGAGCGCGCCCACCUCGCCCUGAAGGACACCAGCAUGGCCGGGGGGCUGGCGGUGCUUUCGAGCAACAAGGGCGAUCACUUCGACAACAAGACGCGCCUCUUCGCGGCCGUGCCCGAGAUCGCCUGGUGCUGCGACAUGCGGGCCGCAGUCUCGAACGAGCCCAACCUCGGAAAAGUCAUCGAGACCCACGGGGCGUGGACCUUUAGGUGCCACGGCGAGGAGACGAUCGAGCUGCUGUGGGGCCUCGGAAACGAGCUGACGAUCGACCUCCGGGCGCGGCUGGACACCGCGAGUGAGCGCGGGACGUCCGAGGGCAACCCGGUCGCGCAAGCGAACAAUGAGAAGGCGCCCAGCCAGCCACAGGUGCUCCCGGGCGGCAGCCACUCGACGGGGUCGUCGCCCGGGGACACCGCCGACGAGGACCUGCGCGCCCACGGCACGAGCGACCUCGACGACAAGCCGGGCGAGGGCGAGCACGUCUCUGACAGGGCCCACGGCAUGGAGGCGGCUGGGCACGAGGAGGCUCCCGAGCACCUCGACGCCGCCCACGACGACACCAAGGCCCCCGUGGUGCCGCGCGCCAAGCGCUCCGCGCGCGCGCCGCGGAAGGCCAAGUCCGCCGCGAACACGCGCAUCCUCGGCGUCAAGAAGACCCAGCCCGCUCAGAAGCGCGCGGCGAAGAAGCCCGCGGCCAAGCCGAAGAGGGGUCGUCCGCCGAAGGCGAAGGAGGCGUCCCCAGAGGGGGCUGCGCCGCGCAGCACGGGCAAGCGCGGAGCCGCGGCGCCCGCGAAGGCGUCGAGGAAGACCGCGAAGGCCUCGACGGCGAAGGUGAAGCCAGCGGCCGCGGCAGCCGAGCCGUCGGGCGCGAAGAAGAAGAAGGACACCCCCGGGGGGUUGGCGGCCAAGAGGUCCAAGCCGGCGUCGAAGACGAAGCGGGUGACGGUGGAGAAGAAGAGCGCGGCGCUGAAGACGCGCGGCGGGGUCACGAAGCCGGCCCCGGCGAAGAAGGCAGCGGCGAAGUCUGCGCCCGCGGCAAAGGGGCGCGCGAAGAAGCCCGCGGCGAAGGCGACGCGGAAGUCGGGGCGCGGGCACGCGUGA